GUUGAAUUUCUCAGCUUCAAGGACAAUGAAGACUUUUUUCGCAUUUGUAGUCGCUGUUGUAGCAAGUCAAGCUAUGGCCCUGUCGAUACAGGAUGGAAAUGAUGAGUGCGCUGAUUGCAUCGCUUUCAUUACUGAUCGCCAGGAGAUGGAACUCGAAUCGAUUGAAGAACAGGAAGCAAAAAUGAACAACGUCUGUUCUUCAAUGGAACCCAGCAAGGUGGAAGAGUGUAAGACAAAAGUGCAGAAAAUAUGCCAGAAGAAGAAGGACAAAGUCAACAGUCAGAGCCCUGAAGCCAUCUGCAAAGCCACCAAGUACUGCCCGUCGCUUGAUACCGCCAACAUGAACACACCUACAAACAAGGUUCAAGGGAGACGGCGAUGCAAGGACUGCAAGAACUUUCUAAAAGACGUCAAAGAAAGGCAAAUGGUCACUGUUGCCUCUGUAAAGGAACUGAUCGAAACCAUGUUCUGUGAAAAGCUCAGCGAAGACCGCCAGGAACAGUGUGCUGACUUUCUAGAUGCAGCAAUCGAAAUCGAAAUCGAGCUACUAGAUUUGGUGAUGCUGACAAUGCUGCCUCUCGAUCCUUCAGCGCACACGAACAACGUCACGUACAUAUGUCGCAUCCUCCACAAGUAUUCAUUAUACUGUCACCUGGAGGCAUUUCUUAGUUCCAGUACAUCCCUGGAGCGGAAGAUAUGGAAAAGGACAGUCAAAGAAGCCGUGAAUACUUUUGAAGUACCAGCAUGGCGGGAAAGACUUUCAUCAGAAACUGACACUGUGCACUUUGAGAGUAUUCACACGUGGCGAGGAGGAUAG